CGCCGGCGGGAGGGCGCCACGCACAUCGCCGCAGCGGCUGUCCCCGCGGGCGGGGACUGAGCCUGUCGCCGAGCCGCGGAGCCACCGGACAGGCCGAGCCGCUGAGCACCCGCGCUGAGCCCUGACUCUAUGGCCCCCGGGGAGCGCGCCGGAGUCACCGCGCCACCCACCACCAGCAGGAAUCUCAGCGCCAGCGGGAGGAAGAGGGGAGCCCUGGGCGCCGCCGGCCCGCGGCCCCCGCCCCUGCCGCGGGGCAUGGGAGGCAGGUAGCCGGCUCGCGCGAGGGCACCGCCGUGGGCAGGACCCGCCGACGAUCGCGAAGCCGGGAGAGGGAGGAGAGGAGCGGCCCGCCCGCCCCCGGUCGCAGCUCCAGCAGGGCCCUCCCCUGGCGGCGCGCACCCGCGCGCGCACACACACUUGCACACCUUACCUCGGCUCCUGCCCAGCCUCGCCUGACCCCCGCCAGAGCAGAACCCCUUGGGGCCGGAUGCCAUGGGCAACAACUUCUCCAGCAUCCCUUCUCUGCCGCGAGGAAACCCGAGCCGGGCGCCGCGGGGCCACCCCCACAACCUCAAAGACUCCAUUGGGGGCCCCUUCCCCGUCGCCUCUCACCGAUGCCACCACAAACAGAAGCACUGCCCCCCAGUGCUGUCCAGCGGGGGGCUCCCGACCACGCCACUGCUCUUCCACCCCCACACCAAGGGCUCCCAGAUCCUCAUGGACCUCAGCCACAAGGCUGUCAAGAGGCAGGCCAGUUUCUGCAACGCCAUCACCUUCAGCAACCGCCCGGUGCUCAUCUAUGAGCAAGUUAGGCUGAAGAUCACCAAGAAGCAGUGCUGCUGGAGCGGGGCCCUGCGGCUGGGCUUCACAAGCAAGGACCCGUCCUGCAUCCACCCGGACUCGCUGCCCAAGUAUGCCUGCCCUGACCUGGUGUCCCAGAGUGGCUUCUGGGCCAAGGCCCUGCCUGAGGAGUACGCCAGUGAAGGUAACAUCAUCGCUUUCUGGGUGGACAAGAAAGGUCGAGUCUUCUACCGCAUCAACGACUCGGCUGUCAUGCUCUUCUUCAACGGAGUCCGCGCGACUGACCCACUCUGGGCCCUGGUGGACGUUUAUGGCCUCACUCGGGGCGUCCAGCUGCUGGACAGCGAGCUGGUGCUGCCCGACUGCCUGCGGCCGCGCUCCUUCACGGCGCUGCGGCGGCCGUCGCUGCGGCGGGAGGCGGACGACGCGCGCCUCUCCGUGAGCCUGUGCGACCUCAACGUGCCGGCCACCGAGGGCGACGACAGCACUCCGGCCUCGGGCUGCCCGAUCCCGCAGAACUCGCUCAACUCGCAGCACAGCCGCGCGCUGCCCGCACAGCUCGACGGCGACCUGCGCUUCCACGCGCUGCGCGCCAGUGCGCACAUCCGCAUCCUGGACGAGCAGACGGUGGCGCGCCUGGAGCACGGGCGCGACGAUCGCGCGCUCGUCUUCACCAGCCGGCCCGUGCGCGUGGCCGAGACCAUCUUCGUCAAGGUCACGCGCUCGGGCGGCGCGCGGCCCGGCGCGCUCUCCUUUGGUGUCACCACGUGUGACCCCGGCACGCUGCGGCCGGCUGACGUACCCUGCAACUCCGAGGCCCUGGUGGACCGCAAGGAGUUCUGGGCCGUGAGCCGUGUCCCCGGGCCCCUGCACAGCGGCGACAUCCUGGGCCUGGUGGUCAACGCAGAUGGCGAGCUGCACCUGAGCCACAAUGGCGCCGCCGCGGGCAUGCAGCUGUACGUGGACGCCUCGCAGCCUCUCUGGAUGCUCUUCGGCCUGCACGGCGCCAUCACACAGGUCCGCAUCCUCGGCUCUACCAUCCUGGCCGAGCGGGGUGUCCCAUCUCUCCCCUGCUCCCCUGCCUCCACACCAACCUCACCCAGCGCCCUGGGCAGCCGCCUCUCUGACCCCCUGCUCAGCACAUGCAGCUCUGGGCAUCUGGGUGGUUCUUCUGGUGGUGAGUACACUAGUCUUUCAGUUCCACACCUGUGUCACAACUUCCUUCCUUCCCUCCCUCCCUCCGCCUUCCCUCCUUUCCUUCCUUUCCUCCCUCCCUCCUUCUUUCCCUCCUUCU